AUGGCAUCACGUGCAGCAGCAGAAACGACGUCUGGGAGAGCGCCGAAGAGUGUCAAGGAUCAUUCCAUCGGAACAUUUCCCGCUCCUCUAGUCCUACCUCACGAUGAGCUCAACUAUGAUCCAGAUUCUGAACCGCAGAGUACGAAGGGAUGGCUGAGCGAGGAGUGUAGGAACAAACUAUCAUCGGCGCCAAGAAGGAACAAGUUGUAUGUGGUGCAAGUGCCUGGGAUCGGUUUCAAGGCAGACUUUAUGAGACACUGGGUAGUACCAAGCGGUUACGAUGCAGUCAAAGUCGAGGGUAAAGCCGGUCUCUCUCCUCCAUCUGCGGAUCACUUCGUCGACUAUCUCACCGCAUUCUAUCACGAUAUGCCUGUUCGUCUCUUCCCCACGCCAUUGACCUGGACAUCGUGGGGCUCGAAUACCAAGUCCGCCAUGGGCUGUCGAAGCGCCACUCUGCCGAAGUACAUCGGCCUAUCACAUGGAGAUCAAUGCACCAGAAUCCGCGUCCGCCCUGCGCCGGACAAGGCCUUCCCCGUUCAACUGAAUCUAGACGACAUCCUCGACACAGCAAUCUCAAUUCUGCCUGAUGACGCUUAUGCAAUGGUCCUCCUAGUCGACCACGACAUUUACGAGUCUGACGAUGACGACUUCUGUUGUGGCAGGGCGUAUGGAGGCAGCAGAGUGGCAGUUGUACAGGCUGCGCGAUAUAAUCCCAUUUUAGACGAACGAGAAGGAGAAAAGAUCGAUAGAAGCCACAUGUGGCCGUGGAGUCAUUGUAAAACCUUCGUCGAUGACUUGUGUGCUGUGGAGGAUGUGAAAGCCAAAGCCGCUGCAAAGAAACAGAAAGAACUGAGCAAGAGUGGAGCGAUGAAAGCGGCCAUCCAGGCUGCGGCAACCUAUAAGCCUACAUCAGCGGUGCAAGAAGUCCAGGCACUGUGGUUCUCACGUCUCGCGCGUACAGUGUCACACGAACUAGGACAUUGUUUUGCGCUCGACCAUUGUGUAUACUAUGCAUGUAAUAUGCAGGGUACAGGUAGCAUGAGGGAAGAUGUAAGACAACCGCCAUAUCUGUGUCCGGUGUGCGAAGCAAAGGUAGCACACGCUAUUGCUGGAGAGAUGAAGAGUGGUCGCGAAGAGGAGAAGACAGAAUGGAUCAAGCAGAGAUGCGAGGCUCUGAGGCACUUCUGCGAGAGGUUGGGAGAGAAAGACAUGGAUAGUUCGAUGUGGCACGGCUUGGACGGGUGGCUGCAAGAAAGAAUGAUAGCGUUGUAA